UUUGGAUAACUCUUCCAUCUCCGUAGUUAAUUUUUUCAGCAAAUUAAUGUCUCUCCACCUGCACGUUUUCAGCUUUUAGCAUUAAGAAGUCAGCUAAAAGCGGAGAUCAUUAUUUGGCAUCCUCUUCUUGGGUUACUCUUCCAUCUCUGUAGUUAAUUUUUCCAAGCAAUUUAAUGUCUCUCCACCUGCAUAUUUUUAGCUUUGAGCAUUAAGAAGUAAAAGCGAAGAUCGUUAUUUGGCUUCCUCUUCUUGGGAUACUCUUCCAUUCUUAUAGUUAAUUUCCAGCAAAUUUCUCCACCCUCGUGCUUUCAGUUUUGAGCAUUGACAAGGUACGCUGGUCUUAAUCCCCAGCUAUAGAUAUUACUAGCUACAUUAUUUUUACUCAAAAUUCAUUUUACCAUAUGUUUUCUUUUGCCUUUUGCCAUCUUUUCGUGGAUAUAUAUGUAAUUAAAAAAGCUUUCUUAUCCGAUGGAGGUCUUAUCUCUUGUUGGAGGUUCUCUUUUAUCUGCUACAUUUGACUUGCUACUCAAAAAGUUGGAUGGAUAUCUAAGUGAUCAACUACGGAAUUCAAAGGAGGAUGUAUGUGUGCAAGUGGAGAGCUGGAAGACUCUUUUGCCCAAAAUCACUACUAUACUUCAACAUGCAGAAGAGAAUCAAGUUGCCAACCAAUUCGUGAAGUCAUGUUUUGAUGAUCUCAGGAACUUAGCUUAUGAUAUGGAGGACUUACUUGAAGAGUUUGUGAUUGAUGCCAAGAGGUCUGAAUUGAUUGCAAAAUCUAAAGCCAGCAUUAGUAAGGGGCAAAAAGUCAAAUCCAGUCUUAAGAGUUUAUUUAGAUCUAAGGCCAAGCCCAAUGGAGGGAUCAAUUCCAUGGUGAAUCAUUUGAAUGUUAGAUUACAACAUAUUGAACAGGGGAUGCAUACUUUGGGCCUUUUCAAUUUGACCAUGAAAGUUGAAGACAUUUCUCACAAAGAAGCUGCCAAAAGAGCUCACGAGUCUACAAUUCUUGAAGAUCAUGUGUGUGGUCGAGAUAGUGAUAAGAAAGCUAUUCUUGAUAGGUUGCUAGAAGAUGGAGGUAGUCUUGAACAAGACUUUGUUAUUCCCAUUGUCGGAAUGGGUGGACUAGGCAAGACAACUCUUGCUCGACUCAUUUAUAAUGAUGAAAAACUAGAAGGAAGGUUUGACUUGAAGGCAUGGGAGGAAUUGAAAGUGGAGUUAUCUGGGCACAAGUUUCUUCUUGUAUUAGAUGAUGUUUGGAAUAAGGAAUAUGGUCCCUGGGAUGUCUUGAAGAGACCUUUCAUGUCAGGAGCUUUGGGAAGCAAAAUAAUUGUCACAACUCGAAAUAAGGAUGUUGGGAAAAUGAUGAGAGGAGAUGAUGGAGUUUACAAUUUAGAAUUGCUACAAGAUGAUGCUUGUUUGCCAUUAUUUACACAACAUGCACUGGGGAAAGAGAACUUUGAUGCCCACCCAAACCUACAAGAUGUUGGUGAGAAGCUUGUUAAGAGUGAGAUAUGGAGUUCAUCAGAAGAUCAAAGUGGAAUUCUUCCUGCUUUGAGAUUGAGCUACAAUCAUCUUCCUUCUCACUUGAAGCGAUGCUUUGCUUAUUGUGCUUUGUUCCCUAAAGAUUAUGAAUUUGACAAAGAGAAGUUGGUUCUAUUAUGGAUGGCUGGGGGCUUGUUACAGCAACAGUCACAUGGAAAAAAGCAAAUGGAAGAGGAGAUUGGUGAUCAAUAUUUUCAAGAGUUGCUAUCACGAUCACUCUUUCAACAAUCUAGUGGAGUUGAAUCACGGUUUGUGAUGCAUGACCUCAUAAAUGAUUUAGCUAUAGAUGUUGCUAGAGAAAUAUAUUGCAAUCUUGAGCAUAGCAUGGAUGAUGAAAAAUUAGAGAAGGCUCGUCAUUUGUCAUUCACUCCACGCCAGUAUGAAAUCUCAAAAAGAUUCAUAAUCUUGGAUAAAUUGAAGCAUUUGAGAACAUUCUUGCCGUUGAGUGAGCUCAGUUAUGGUUUUAACUGCUAUUUGUCUAAUAAAAUUUUGCAUGAUUUCUUGCCAACUUUGAAUUGCUUAAGAGUGUUGUCUCUCUGCAGCUAUAAAAUAAGCAAGCUACCAGAUUUUUUUGAAAAUUUGAAACAUAUUCGAUACAUUGAUUUGUCUAAUACACAUAUCAAAUGUUUAUCUGAAUCAGUGGGUUUUCUUUUUUUCCUGCAAACACUACUAUUACGUGGUUGUGAUCAGCUUACUAAGUUGCCUACAACGAUUGAGAAUCUAAUUGAUCUUCAUCAUCUUGAUAUCACUGAUACACCAUCUUUAAAAGAGAUGCCAUCAGGAAUAGGCAAUCUUAAAAAUCUUGUAACAUUGUCCAAAUUUAUGGUGGGGAAGGCUAGUGGAAUGAUGAGAUUAUCUGAUUUGAAGAAUUUGUUGCAACUUCAAGGAAGAUUGUCUAUUCGAGAUCUGCAAAAUGUUUCGGUUGUUCAAGAUGCUGGGGAGGCCAACCUAAACAAGAUCCAUGGUUUGGAAAAGUUAGUCUUAAAGUGGGCUAUUCUUGAUAACAAUCGAGAUGAAUCAGUCCUCGAAAUGCAGGUCCUCAGCUGGUUAAAACCUCAUUCAAAUUUGAAAAGUCUUCAAAUUUCUUGCUAUGGUGGCAGGAGUUUCCCAAACUGGGUUUGUGAUCCAUUAUUAUUUUUGAAUUUAUCAUCCAUGGAGCUCAGCAAUUGUAAGAGAUGCACUUUGUUACCAUCACUUGGCCUACUACCUGUUCUCAAAAGAUUGAUUAUUAAGGGCAUGGAGGCAAUAGAAGCUGUGGGUCUUGAGUUUUAUGGGCAACAUGACUCUUUUCAAUUACUGGAGGAAUUGGUUUUUCAAGACUUGUUAAAUUGGAAGGAAUGGACUUCUCCAACUGGAAGUGAAGGUGAAUUCCCUUUUCUUCGUAGGCUUGUGAUUGAAAAUUGUCCUAAGUUGCUAGGCCAAUUACCCAACAACCUUUCUUCACUUAAAGAGUUGGAUGUUAAAGGUUGUAAUGCGGUGCUUUUGAAGAGUAUGGGUGAUCUCAUCUCGCUUGUUAAUUUGAAAAUUGUGAACAUUUCAAAACUGACUUGUUUGCCUGAGAGUUUUACACAAUUCUUGACAACACUUGAGACUCUGAAUAUUGCAAAUUGCAAUGAUCUUACUUGUUUGUGGGAGGAAGGGACAAAAAUAGAACAAAGCCUUUUGCCUUUUAAUCUUAAACAUCUUAGCAUUGUGGGAUGUGGAGCUUUGGAGUCAUUACCUGAUGCGAUGAUGGUGAGGAUGGAUGGAAGCAGUAGCAGCAACACUAGUAUGUUGAUGUCGAGACUGGAAGAGUUGGAAAUUGGUGGUUGUGAUUCUCUCAAGUCUUUUCCAGGAGGCAAAUUACCCAUCACACUCAAAUACUUGAGUAUAAAUGACUGUAAAGGUCUAGGGUCCCUACCGGAUAUUGAUGGUGACAUUAAUAAUAGCAAUCUAAAGUUGAAAAUAGGGAAUGUUCCAUGUUUGUAUUCUUCACUGCCAGCUUUUGUCAAGGAAUUUGAAGUUACUGAUUACAAGUGGUUGGAAUCAUUUCCAGAGAGGAUGCUGCAAUAUUGUACGGGACUCCAAUGCAUUGUAAUUGGAAGUUGUGAAAUAUUGAAAAGUUUACCCACCAUUAAUUACGUCAGCAAUCUCAUUGAAUUAUUUAUUUACCACUGUGAAGUUUUAGAGUCCUUGCCAGACGAGUUAGGGUUAUGCACUCCCAAUCUUAAGCGUCUGACGAUCAUGGGUUGUAAUAAUUUGAAAUCCCUCCCAAAUACGAUGUACCAGUUAAAAUCUCUUCAAGGUAUAGAGAUGACAACUUGUUCCAGCAUCGAGUUCAUUCCAGAUGGGAGUUUGCCCCCAAACUUAACAUAUCUUUAUUUAGGGUGUGAGAAUCUCAAGUGUGUGCCGAAUACAAUGUACCAGCUCACAUUGCUUCAGGCUCUAAAUAUCCCAGGUGGGGCUUUGACGAUGGGCCUUCAAAACCUUACGUCUCUUCGAUGGUUAAAAAUUGUGCAGAAAUUCCCUCUGGAUAUUGUGCUGCCUUCUUCUUUAGCCUCUCUUUCGAUCUACGAUGAAGAAAAUUUGAAAUCUAUACCUGAGGGGCUCUUCCAAAACCUAAGCUCCCUCGAACUGUUAUGGAUAGUUAACUGCCCGAAGCUACGAUCUUUGCCAAAGGAAGCCUUCCGUCCCUCGUUUGGAGGACUAUACAUUGACAAGUGUCCGCAUCUAAAACGACAGCGCUUUGAGGCGAAAGGAGACUACUGGACUCUCACCCGUGACAUCCCCAAUGUUAAAAUAUGAGCUCAUGUUUUCCAUUCCAAAGAAUUGGGAAGACUUUUGCAACAAGGAGUUGUUGAUGUUCAAAUGAGAUUUUUCUGUAUGUUGAACUGGAAUGCGGAUGCCUUUGCUGAAUUAAGCAAGCUUGUAAUCUGACUAAGCCAAGCUACAGUUUUACAAGCUUUUUAUCUGGGGAAGCAGAAGUUACCCGUAAGUAUCCAAACUACCUCUUUAAAAUUUUCUUGUGAUGCCUAUUUGGUUUGCUAUUGUGUUAUUGUUUAGGACAAGGAAUCAAAACUGAUAUAUCAAGCUAUCUGUAUACUACAUUUUACUUGAGCAAAGUUAUACAUUUUGAUGACAUACUAGUCUAUUCCUCUGCUACCUAUGAUGUUAGCUGCCUUAGAAUUAAAUGAUCAUUUCCCGUUGCUUCCUUCUCCUGAUUAAUACAUAUUGGUUACAAUGAAGAUUGUCUAAAUAAUUGUAAUUUAUUUUGCAGCUUUUAUUUUAUUUUUUUUCAGAUCUUAUAGAUUUCUAUAGCUUUGUGUUUUUAUUUUACUUUGAUUUCAUUUCAACAAUUCACUUAUCCAUCUUUCCCUUCUAUGUUACAAUUGAUGCUUUUUGUCUUUAUCAAACUCUAAAUGAAUUAUUUUCUCAAAUUUCAGUCUUUGCCUUUGAUUUUUCUAAUUUCCCAUCCUUUUUUUCAUGUUCCCAGUUGCUUGUGCCGAGGAGAUAGCAAAAUCUUUUUAGGCCUAUGUAGGACCCCUUGGUUUUGUGACUUCCUUUUUCCUUUUGUGUGCCAGAAGUUAUGAGCAUACUCUAAAUUGUAGGGGUACUGCUUUUACCCCGUUUAAUAAUUUCAUUUGUUGAUG